GCGCCGCGCUCGCCGCCGGGACGAUGCGCGGGCGCCGCCGGAGAGCAGCCGAGCGCAAAGGUCUCAUUUUGCACUCGAGGAUCUGGAAGGAGCCUUAACACGGGCCGUAUCCCUUACACGCGAAGGACGUGCUCCGAGCUGAUUCUGCGCCCGCUGGAGCCGGGGCUUGCCGUGCUGCAGGAUGGCCCAGUCCAGGACCAACGGAUCACACUACGCCUUGACAGCGAUAGGGCUGGGGAUGCUUGUUCUCGGAAUUAUCAUGGCCAUCUGGAACUUGGUGCCAGGGUUUGGUCUGAUGGGGAAGCCCCACCCUCCCAGCAACAGUAGCAAGACGGAUCCCGGGACAGGUUUCCAUAAGAGCAAGACCUUCUCGGUGGCGUACGUGUUGGUUGGCGCUGGGGUGCUGCUUUUGCUCUUCUCCAUUUGCCUGAGUGUCCGGGACAAGAGGAAGCAAAGGCAAGAUGAGGACAUGUUGAGGAUACGGCAGCAGCCCUCGGUGGAGCAUCGGCAGCAGGAAGACAGUCAAGAAGAAGACGAGGAGACUCUCUCGCGCUACUAUGUGCCCAGUUAUGAAGAGGUUGUGAACGCAGACUCCUCCCAAGUGAGAGCGGCCGAAGGAAGCGCUAGGAUCAGCAUGUCUCUUCCCUCGUACGAAUCCCUCACGGGCCUCGAUGAAAACACACCCACCAGACCCGCCAUGGCUGCGGAUGCAGGACCCAACCUGGAACGCCAGCCAAGCAGGCACAGUUCCCGCCUGAGCAAAAGACUCAAGCCCUUGAAAAUCCGGAGAAUAAAGUCUGAGAAGCUCCACCUAAAAAAUAUCCAGAUAAAUCUUCCUGAGGGAGAUGGCUCAGGCCGCGUAACAAUAGAGCCUCUCACCCCUCCGCCGAAGUACGAUGAGAUACCCAAAAAGCUUCCAGACAACCAGCUAGAGCCUUAAAGCAGCUCCAUGGACUGCUUCAGCAAAACACUAUUAAAUACUUGAUUUCUGGGAUGAUGUCUAGGCUGUAGAAGGAACCAGGAAUAACCAGACAUCUUCUUGUCGGCAAAUCUCGUUUCCAGAAGGGACCAAGGCCUAGCUCUAAAUGAGGUGGGCAAACCUGUGUCUAGACUGUAGCACUUCAAACAACCUCUUGGGCCUUAUGUUGGAUGCUUUCCCAUUAAAAUAACAACAACAAAUGAGAUCCUUGCAUGUAGAAAUCUAGUAGGGUAGGUAGGAAGGAAGGUUCUAGCCUUCUUGAAAGGCUAGCAUUUCAGCAUUUCUUGAAAUGCUGUCACACUUCUGGGAGCUUUUGCGUGUAACGAGGCCGGACACAGUUUGCUGGCCCCAGUAAGAGCUAAGCUUCAGUGAAACCUGCCAAGACCUGUGUAAUGAAAUUCAGAUUAACACUAGGGUGUGUUUGGUAGCAUCUUUGCAAUAUGAAUCUUAUAUGUACAUUUUUUUCUAAAUUAUGACACAUUUUGUAUGCCUCUUUGGCAACGUUUUCCCUAAAGUACUCCAGAUCGGUAAUAUGUUUCCCAAGGUAAAGUCUUCAUUUUUUGGUGUGUUUUCUGUUUGCUGGGAGUGGGGAUACUGUGAGCUUCUUUCUUUUUCACCAGAUGUGGCUUUUAGGGUAUGUGGAAGAUGCACAGUCGCCUUAUGCAAUCCUCAGACAGAAAAAUAAACCACUGCAGAGGAUGAGGGAAGCAUGCUUCUUAAAAUCCCAUGAAUGCUGGCUAAGCCAAACAACUGGCUAAGCCAGUUCUUGGUCUACAGAUGCAAUUGCAGGAUGGACAGUGCCAAGAAAAAGAUACUUUGGGGUUCCAAAUGACAGAUACUGUUUGUUUUCUAAUGUGCAAUUCUCUUGAAUUUUGCAGCUACUAUACUAUGAACAUGAAAGAUGUUUUCAGGAAUAUGUAAUGUUUUAAAACCAGAGUUGGGAUACUAUGACACAAACCUCCUUUUAAAAAAAAACAAAAUAAACAGAUUUGUGGGAUGCAGGUCCCAUUACUGGAAUAACCAAGGAGUACUGUCAAGUUUUGAAUAAAAGCAUUCCCUUUUUAUUGA